GGCACCGAUGGUUAUUUCCUGAUAUCAAGGAACGCCCACAUCAAGAAACGCCCCGAAUUGAUGUCUGCGCAGAGCGAGUCGAAUGGUUUAAUUUCUGUGCCUGUAAAUGAAAGUGGGAUUGGAUUUUUACAAGAUGAGGUCUGACUCCCUGUAGACUGUGAUGGCUCCAGGCGACAUGGUGCCGGAGCAUGCCAAGCAGCAUAAGCUCAAGCAGGAGAAGGAGAACCGUCAGGGCACCACCACCACCACCACCAGGCCUGAUGGAGACUCUGAGCCUGACGGAUCUUUUGUCUUUGAGGCCCAUGAGGCAUGGAAGGACUUCCACGACUCCCUGAGGCAGUUCUACGAAGUGGGGGAGCUCUGUGAUGUCACACUGAAGGUGGGCAGCAGGCUGAUACCAUGCCACAAGCUGGUGCUGGCCUGUGUCAUCCCUUACUUCAGGGCCAUGUUCCUGUCUGAGAUGUCCGAGGCCAAACAGGACCUGAUUGAGAUCAAGGACUUUGACGGAGACGCCAUCCACGACCUGGUGCGUUUCGCCUACUCCUCUCGUCUGACCCUGACAGUGGACAACGUGCAGCCCCUCCUCUACGCAGCCUGUAUACUGCAGGUAGAGUUGGUAGCCAGAGCCUGCUGUGAGUACAUGAAGGCCCACUUCCACCCCUCUAACUGCCUGGCUGUCCGCACCUUUGCCGAGAGCCACAACCGCGUCGACCUAAUGGACAUGGCGGAUCGCUACGCUUGCGAGCACUUCCGGGAAGUGGUGGACUGUGAGGACUUCCCGUGCGUGUCGCCUCCUCACCUGAGAACCCUGUUGUCCUCCAGUGAUCUGAACAUUCACUCUGAGACUCAGGUGUACACCGCUGCUGUCAAGUGGCUGAAGAAUAACCCUCAACACCACGAUGCCUGGCUGCAGCAGAUCAUGACCCAGGUGCGUCUCCCCUUGCUCCCAGUAGACUUCCUGACGGCCACUGUGGCCAAAGAGGAGAUGAUCAGAGGGAACCUGAGCUGCAGAGAUCUGCUGGAUGAGGCCAGAAACUAUCACCUGCACCUUAGCAACAACGUUGUCCCGGACUUUGAGUAUUCUGUCAGAACAACGCCUAGGAAACACACUGCAGGUGUGUUGUUCUGUGUGGGUGGGCGGGGUGGUUCUGGUGACCCGUUCCGCAGCAUCGAGUGUUACUCCAUCAGCAAGAACAGCUGGUUCUUUGGACCUGAGAUGAACAGUAGGAGACGACACGUUGGAGUCAUCUCUGUAGGAGGUAAAGUGUAUGCAGUAGGGGGGCAUGAUGGUAGUGAACACCUGGGCAACAUGGAGAUGUUUGAUCCUCUCACUAACAAGUGGAUGAUGAAGGCUUCCAUGAACACUAAGAGAAGGGGCAUAGCUCUGGCAGCUCUGGGAGGUCCUAUCUACGCCAUCGGAGGUCUAGAUGACAACUCGUGCUUCAACGACGUGGAGAGAUACGAUAUCGAGAGCGACCGCUGGACUGCUGUGGCGUCCAUGAACACACCCAGAGGAGGGGUGGGCUCUGUGGCCUUAGGGAGUCAUGUGUACGCUGUGGGAGGUAACGACGGUGUGGCCUCUCUGUCCAGUGUGGAGAGGUUUGACCCCCACCUCAACAAGUGGACAGAGGUCAGGGAGAUGGGCCAGAGACGAGCAGGGAAUGGAGUCAGUGAGCUGAACGGGUGCCUCUAUGUCGUGGGCGGUUUUGAUGACAACUCCCCGCUGAGUUCUGUGGAACGUUUUGACCCCCGUCUUUGCCGCUGGAACUACGUCUCUGAGCUGACCACGCCCCGAGGCGGAGUGGGCGUGGCCACGGUCAUGGGUCGAGUGUUCGCAGUCGGCGGUCACAAUGGGAACAUUUAUCUUAACACAGUGGAGGCCUUCGACCCCCGUAUGAACAGAUGGGAGCUGGUGGGGUCUGUCUCCCACUGCCGGGCCGGAGCAGGAGUGGCCGUCUGUUCCACUCACAUCAGCCAGAUCAGAGACGUGGGCCAGGGCUCCAGCAACGUGGUCGACUGCAUGUGACCGCUGUCUGACCACAGGCUGACCCGGAAAACUGCACAAGAUCAGACGUGCACAGAACAGAACCCAUUCCCACUCACAACCACAAGCACUCAAUCACACUGCACGGACACUGACUAGGAGCAGCUGUCCUUAAAGCAGCACUUCCCUUUAGCACUGACUGUAAUGUAACCAGUCUCACUACGUAGGGUGGUGUGCAUUGUUAUUAUUCAGCUGAAGACACUUCUCUGACUGAACCUUAUCAGUGGAGAACUGAUCUACAAACAAUCAAUAUAUUUUCUCUUUUUUGUGAUGUUUACAGAUGCAAUUCAGUGAUUUGGUGUAUUUUGAAAAAGUGAUUGAUUUUCUUUGCGUUUUGACUGCUUUGGAACUUUAUCAAAGGAAAAUGGCUGACAGAUAGUUGAGCUUUAGACGUCUCCUUAGACAGGCCUUGCAUAUCAACUUUUUUUAAGAGAUCAACCAGUUAGUACCUUUGCUCUGUCAGAUCUCACUUUCACAAUCAUCACUGUCUGAACUGAGAGAUCUUCCUAGGUUUCCCAGCGAGUCUCUCACAUAUAAAACCAGUAUGAGAGAGAGAGAGAGAGAGAGAGAGAGAACUGUGAAGUAUGUACAGUAUCUGGAGGAUGGACAGUAUCUGGAGGAUGGACAGCAUCUGGAGGAUGGACAGCAUCUGGAGGAUGGACAGCAUCUGGAGGAUGGACAGCAUCUGGAGGAUGGAAAGCUGUGAAGUAAAGACUCUGUGAACAGAACAGUGUUUGGGAUAAAAAAUAAAUAAAAAAAUCUGUUGACAUUCUAUUGACUCGCACAUAGACAAUGUUUAUUUUUUUAGGAUUUCAGGGCUUUCAUUCAGAUCUAUCCGCUGUAGGCUCCGUGAUGCUGAAACCGCUUUUGUGUUAGCAUUAGCUAGCUGUAGCCUGUAUUUGCGUUUUGAACAAUCAUUCCUAACAGACUGAUUCUAAUUGAGAUAGAUUAAACUAUGGCGGUCUUUGGCAGAGUUGGACUAAAUUGUGAAGCAAUAAGAGGUUGAUGCAUGUCUUUGUUACCAGACUGAACGUGUGCAGUUUUGAAAUGACUGAGGGACUAGUGAUAACUCUCAGGACAGACAGUCUAGGGUCUUAGCAGAAUGCUAACCCUCAUAUUCUCUGUGUUCUACUCAAAGAUAGCUGGGCUGUCAGUAAACAAGUGUGCUUUCAGACGUGUGAAGAGAUUAAUCCUCUAUCUGCCAAAUGGUUCCGAUUGUAUAUUUUUAUAUUUGGGCGUUUUUAUGAAAUCAGUGCUUAUCUUUGGUGUUGUUCUUUACUGUCUUGUCUUGGACUUGUUGUUGUGCACUAUCUUCCUGUAGUCGUCAGGGGUUUCACUAUAUUUUGUCCUAUGGAAAUGUUUAUGCUAUUUUCAAAAUGUUUUGACAGUGAGUGUCUGAUCUUUUUUUUUGAGAAGGUUUUUCCUCAACCUUAUUUUCUUGUGACUCCUGGUCAAUUCAAGGCCUUUCAGGUAAUUCUGGAUUUGAUUUGUAAGACUGUUGUUGGUCAACAGAUUGACCCAAGACUUUGAUUUAGAAAUACACAUGUUUGAAGAGAUGAUAUGCAUUAGGAAAACAUGCUCUUUCCAUGACAUAGACCGACCAGGUGAAUCCAGGUUAAAGCUAUGAUCCCUUAUUAAUGUCACUUGUUAAAUCCACUUAAAUCAGUGUAGAUGAAGGGGAGGAGACUGGUUAAAGAAAGAUUUUUGAGACAUAGAUUGUGUAUGGGUGCCAUUCAGAGGGUGAAUGGGCAAGACAAAAGAUUUAAUGGGGCAAGCCGGAAGUGCCUUUGAACGGGGUAUGGUAGUAGGUACCAGGUGCACCGGUUUGAGUGUCAAGAGCUGCAACGCUGCUGGGUUUUUCACGCUCAACAGUUUCCGUGUGUAUCAAGUAUGGCCCAUCACCCAAAGGACAUCCAGUCAACUUGACACAACUUUAGGAAGCAUUGGAGUCAACAUGGGCCAGCAUCCCUGUGGAACACUUUGGACACCUUGUAGAGUCCAUGCCCCUGACGAAUUGAGGCCGUCUGAUGGUCCUUAAUGUUCUGUACACUCCAUUAUAUGCAUAUUUGCUGUUGUACCCUCCAUUAAGGGAAUAUUGAAUUGUUGCACCAUUGGUUUGUUGUAUUCUACAAUAGAACUGUAAUACCUCUGGUGUGUCAUACUGUAUGCCAGGGGUGUGUACUGACUUGCCAACCGUAAUAUAGAACGUGUCAGUUCAUGCUUUUGUAAAUGUGUUGCUAUUGGUUCAGAUGAAUGCUGUGUCUUGCAUUGUAUUUUAUACAGCUAAAAUCUUCAUUUUGUUGACGUUACUAUAAUAAAUCUGUCAUUAUCCAUGA